AUGCUGCGUGGAGACAUGUGUGGGGUUUACCUUCUGCUCGGUGCGUGCUCGGUGAUGCUGGGAACGCUGGGACAAACUGUGGACAAGAGAAAGAACAAAACUCUUCAGAGCCGAGAGGCAGUGAGAGACGAGAGGGGAAGGAAUAAUUCAGCAUUUUCCACGGAGGUGUUUCAGGCUUACGUACGUCAGUCUGAGUCGCUCUCUGCUGAGGAGAAAGAGUUCAUCCAGAACAGGAAGAAGGUCGCUCUAAAGGCACUCAACAAUCUGGGAGUCAAAUGUUCACUGUCCACGGUUCCUCACAUCGCCCUGCUGCCUUCAGGUGGAGGUCAGAGAGCCGCCGUGAGUGUGAUGGGGACUCUCCGUCAGCUGGACAGAGACGGUCUGCUGGAUGCCAUGCUCUACCUGGGAGGAGUCUCUGGAUCUACAUGGUCCAUGGCGAUGCUGUAUGCUGAGCCAAUGUGGAGUGAAGACAUGGACAGACAAGUGUCCAGGCUGUCUGGUCCCUUGGUCAAUCCGCUUGAUGCUCUGGCAUGGCUGAGGGAGCGAGUGAAGGAGGAGCACUUCUCUCUGUCUGAUAUGUGGGGACUCGCCACAUCCACUGUCUUGAUGAGACAGUUGGACCCUCAGAAACUCUCUGAGCUCGACACCAACGUCCUGAAUCCUUAUCCCAUCUUCAGUGCUGUGGACAAAAACUGCCUUUUACAUGGACCUACAAAAGGUAGAUGGUUCGAGCUGACUCCUCAUGAGUCUGGUUUCACUGACCUCGGUCAGUUCAUUAAUUCAUCUAUGCUGGGCAGCAGAAUUCAUGAAAUACCUGAUGGUCGGGGGACAGGGAUGGACAUGGUCAGACUACAGGGAAUACUAGGCAGUGUUCUAGCAGAUGAAAUGGAGCUUCUGAAGCUUUUACCUGACUGGCUGAGUGAUUCGAUUGGAGCAACAAUUACUGAUGAAUACAACCUCCUGGAUGUGGCUUUGCUCUGGACCGGAGUUGGUCAGAAGACUGACAGCAUCUGGCAGGCGAUGGGCUACUACAUGAGAGGAUAUAGCAGCCUGUUUACCAUAACGGAGGUUAUUAAAAGGUACUCAGAUGACCCUGCUGUUCUGUAUGAGGUGAACAAGAUGCAGAAGAUUAUGAAGGAACACUUGAACUUAAACCCGCUGGCAUGGUUUGGAACAAAUGAAGAGCAUCGUGAGCAGAUGUGGCAGCAGCUGAUUGAGAUGAUGGUGGAGCCUUUACUGAAGCUGACCCACUGUCUGGAAGAUGGAAUGAUCAAAGAUUACGUCACCUUGCUGGUUGGUAAAGUCAUUCCUCUGAUCUUGAGGUGGGAGUGGGGGACGACUGAAAACUUCCUCUAUGACAGCAUGGCUGCCGUGCCGCCGUGCAUCAGUCAGAAGGAACACCUGCAGCUGAUCGAUGCAGGCAUCUACAUGAACGUGGCGUACCCACCCUUCCUUGGAGGAAAGAGAGACAUGGACGUCCUCGUCGUUGUGGACUAUGGAUCCGAUGUGCCCUUCACGUCUUUGACUUUAGCCAGAGACUAUGCAGCCGAGGUGAAGAAGCCUUUCCCAAAGCUCGAUGAUAAACUUUUGGAGGACGACAAAGAAUUUCCGAGGAGCCUCUACGUGUUUGACGGGAAAGGGACGGCGCCCACCAUCGUUUACCUGCCGUUCUUCAACCGAGACAACUGCAAAGAUGCUGCAGAGGUGAAGGCAAAGAUGGAGGAGUUCUCCACCUUCCAGCCCCCCUUGAAUCAGGAGAGAAUGAACUUCCUGUUGGAGACAGCAGGACGGAACGUGAAGAUCAACAAACAAGCGCUGCUGAUGGAGAUCAACAAGGCCGUUCUCCGCAGACGUAUGAGGAGAAAUGCAACCGUCAGUCCUCUCAACUUCAAAACCUUCAAGCCAUUUAAUCACUAG